AUGAACAACACAUUUUCUCAUUAUAUAUCGUGUUCGUGUUUUCAUUUAUUCUUCCAUUUCCAAACAGCAAUUUAAUUUCAUGGCGCCAGAUGCAUUGACAGAAGAUCAAGUUGCUGAAUUCCGAGAAGCUUUUAGCUUCAUUGACAAGGACCAUGACGGAUUUAUUAGCGUGGAUGAAUUGGCAACCAUUAUUAAAUCAUUGGAAGGUAAUGCAACAAAAGAAGAAAUCCAACAUAUGAUUAGUGAAGUUGAUAUUGAUGGGAGUGGGAGCAUAGAUUUUGAAGAGUUCAUCAAUAUCAUGGCUACAAAAAUGAAGGAAAAUUUGGCUGAGGAGCUAAAAGAAGCAUUCAAAGUAUUUGAUAGAGAUCAAGAUGGAUACAUAUCAGCCACUGAGCUGAGACAAGUAAUGAUGAAUAUGGGAGAGAGGUUGACAGAUGAAGAGGCUGAACAAAUGAUUAGAGAGGCAGAUUUGGAUGGAGAUGGUCAAGUUAGCUAUGAAGAAUUUGCAAGUGUCAUGAUGCUUCAUUGAUCAUCUCAUUUAUCACAUAAAUAUAGAGAUAGGAAAACAUAAACAUAGAUAUAUAGUAGGAGAAAUAAUGUAUUUUUAAAUAGCAAAUUUUGUAUUUUCUAUUAUGAGAAAAAUGUAAAAGUUGAAGAGAAAAUUUGAAAAAAAGAAAUGAGCAUAGUACAAUUAUUGUAUAGAUAUUUCUCCUAUGUUGAUAAAUGUAGUACCAUUUAAGAAGUUAAGAGUUUUCGUUAAGCUUUUCAAUAAUAUAAAAUUUCACA